CAUGCUCAUUAAUCAAGCGUCCUCUUUCUGAUUUUGUCAAAUGCAGUAGAAAGGUCAGUCGCCAGAGCUUGACAAAUAUCCUUAGUUUCUCCCCAUUUACGAAGAAAUGCUUGAAAAUAUUUAAGUGGUUAUUAGCGUGUGUAAAUACGGUUAGAACUGAUAUUCGUCAAAUUGUAUGCAAGGUACGAGGAACCCAGCAUCAAAAUGCCAGCAGCCGAGCACGAUAUUCCGACCAAGAUCUUCCUUGGAAACCUGUCCUUUGAUACAGAUGAGAAAAAGCUCCAGGACAUGUUUGCAAAAGUUGGUCCCAUAGACCAGCUUUUGUUGAUGAGAGAUAAGGAGAGUGGAACAUCACGAGGCUUUGCCUUCAUAACUUACGUGAAUGCCAACGAUGCCAAGGAUGCCGUCAGCCGCUACAAUGAAAGCGAGCUGGACGGAAAGUUCAUUAAAGUUGACAUGGCGCUGAAGGGCAUUAAACAACAGACGAUGGCCGCAAGGGGAGGCACAAGUGGGCGUGGCAUGGAUAGAGGAAGGGGCAGCUUCAGGGGUAGGGGAGGACCUGUAGGAAGAGGCCGCGGGGAGGGACCUCCUUCGUUCGGACCACCAGGGCGUGGCGGCGGACCCCCGGGCCGUGGUGGCCCCAGCAGCCGCGGAGGACCUCCUGGAAGGGGUGGUCCCGUGGGAAGAGGAGGCCCACCUGCCAGAGGAGGCCUUCCUUCACCUCGUGUGACACCAUAUCCAGCGAGGGGUGGCAGACCCCAUGGUGGACCCCUUCCAGAGAGCCAGCCAGCCAGGGACGACUACCCAGCUCAGGCUGCGCCUAGGGCAGGCCCACCCAGGAGCGGCAAAGAGCCACUUUUGUCAGCUCCACCUGCUAGUGCUGUGAGUGAUUACAGAGCCCGAGGAUACGAUCGAGGGUAUGAGAGAGAACCGGAGCCUCGAAGAGAGCCUUUACUUGAGAGUCGAGGUGCUCCGUAUGACUUUAGGCCAGACUAUGAUCAUGCCCCUCGCCCUGUGUACGACGCGGAGGAGCCUGUUGAGCCUCGUCGCAGGGCCUACCCUGAAGAUGAAUACGGAGCAGCUCCAGCAUCUGCGAGGCCAUCCCGCGUUAGCUAUGGCGAGGCAGACCCUUACGCCCGUGAGCGUUACCCACCAGCCAGGGAGGAGCCAGCCCCACGUAGAGCCUACCCAGAAAGGGAGGGCUAUGCUGCUCGUGAACGCGAUCCCUAUGCUCCACCAGCCAGGGAUUCCUACAGCACUGCCGCAGCCUCGCGCCCGUCUUACGACUACAGCCUGCCCGCCAGCCGCGAGACGCCUGCUGCUCAGAGAGAGUACGCUCCGGCCACAGCCCGCACAGCCAGUCGCUAUGAGGAGGAGCGGGGCUAUGAACGGGCACCCCCACGAGAGGCAGCGUACGGCAGGGAGUACGAACGUGAGGCAGCACCCAGCCGGUCUUCGGCCUACGCUGACCAGUAUCCUAGAUCUCAGGCCAGGGCCCCAGAUAGGGAAUAUGCAGGAUCUUCAAGUGCGGCCCCUCGCUAUGACCCUUAUUCCUAUGCUGAGGCUCGCUCUGCCCGUCCUGCCGAGAAAUCCCCGUAUGGGGCACGAGACUCGUACGGCUCGCCCUCCUCUGCUGGGGGCCGCGGAGCGUACCCCGCUGAGCGUGCUUCCCGCCCACUUGAUCAUAACGGCGGUGGGGUACCCCCAGCCACCCGAGCCCCGCCCCCAAGCAGGGGUUACGAGCGCUAUUAAAAUUCAAGUUCCCUUUACCAAGGAGGAGGGAAAAGGCAAGCCGGCAAGACAAAGAAAAUCGAAGACCAAGUGUACAUAAAAAAAUACGAAGUUGGAAGUAACCAUCAUGUUUAAGCUAGUCAAAAUGUUGACCUCGUAGACCUGUUGUUGGGGAACUUUUAGUAUUAAAAAUUGUUUUUUUGUACCUCGAAGCUGUGAAAAUGUCUUUUUUAGGCUUGUAGUUUUUUUCUCAGAGUUUAAACGUGCUUCAGUGAUUUUCGUACAGGCCAUUACCGUGAGUUAAAAGUUUAAUCUUUGUAAAAACAUUCAUUUUCUACAAAAAUUCAAGUGCAUGCACAUUGAGCUGUAAUUGGAAUACAUCGCAGAUCGUAAAAGGGAAACAGAGUUGAUGUUACCAGCUUGUGUAGAAAGAUCAUCAGUGACGUGAGAAACAUGGCUGAGUCCGAAGAAAUAAAGCAAAUAUUUCAGCAGGGAAUCAAACCUCUUCAUUGUUGUUCGGACGAUUACCAACAAAAUCUGCAAAUUUAUUCAUAUUGCCACGAUUUCCAAAUGGUCAAACUUCCAAGACACAGACAACGAGAAGGAGUCAAGUUUCUCCAGUUGCAUUCCACACAUGACAGGUGUCAAGAAUCUUCAUUUGCAUUCUGCAUCUUGGUCAAAUAGUUUGAAAUUAAUUGUGAUCACGCUGGCCUAUAAAAUGUCACCACGUAGCCAAGGCAGUGUACAGAAAUGUUUGUUGUUGACCAGUAAAUCGAAAUCGGGAAAUAGUCGCAAAUUGACUUUGUGAGAUAAGUACAUAGAAAGAGAAUUUCGUAAGCUUUCAAAUGGUACAUAUUACAAGACUGGUGUGUUGAUAGUAACCUUUCAUUAAUACACUUCCAAAAUGUAUAAAAACCGCCACAUCGAUUUUUUUCAACAUGUAUCCACAUCCCCACUUUUCUCGGCCAUUACAUAAAAUGGUCUGAGCAACUUUUUUCCUGAUUAUUAUGUACCAGGUCACAUAUGUAAGAUACUACUUAUUCCAAAGCUCUCUGUGAUCACAGUACACAUUGUCGAAAAUGCUUGGAGUUUUAAACAUUUUUAACAUUUCACAGCAUAAGCCCCUUUGCACUGAGGACUGAACAAAGUAACCCUGAAAAAACUGAGUUAUGUAUUUUAAUAACCAGCCAUUUUUUCUUGGCCCAUUAGAGAUUUCAUCACAUUGCCGUAUACGUGUAUUCAGUCUAAAUCUAGAAAAGAACUCUUCGAUGUGAACUAAAAGGACUUCUGUCACUCGGCUAAUUUCUUCAGCGAUUGGUAUGUGUUAGGGCUCCACAACAUUAAUAACAAUACCCCUUUGUCAGCAGUUGCACCUACAUGUAUUUGUUAAAACCCACUUCCAUAUCAUGCAAAAGUGUGUAAAUCUUAAUGUACAGUAUACAUGUACAUGUGUUAUCCACACCUCCAUUCACAUUUUGGUUCUGUUUUUGAAGACCCAAUUUUGCCACAAAGUUUUAAGAACUCUUCUGACCGAAGCUAGUAAAUUUUUAACAAUGCAAAUGGUACAAAGGAAAACAAUUAUCAGAAAUUCCCUAGAAUUGAUACAUCAAAAAAUACCAUACUCUCAAAACAAUUUGUUAAGAGUAAUUAUGGCCAAAUUCUUUUGCCUUAUCACUAAAUGUAUUGUUUUAGCAAAUCAUGCACCCCGAGUGUAACGUUCAUUAACAUUACUAUAAAAUCUUUGUCAAAGCUUACACAAGCUUUGACCUGUGGAGAACAUGAAGGAAUGUUUCAACAAUUAUGCUUCUAAUGUUGAAAAAAAUUGUUAUAAAUACUAAAGAAGUGGUUUAAAUCGGUGGGAUUGCCAAUGGAUCGCGUUCAACAGCCAUUGGUGUUUUUUAGUUCUGGUGACCAUUUCCAAAAUAUGUGUGUGACGUACAAAAGACUCCAGAGACCUGUUGGGAAACUGUGUCAAGCGAUUUGUUCUCUCUGAAGUGCGCACCGCCAGUGAAUUGAGCCGUUUUAUUCAAGACCAGGAAUAUUAACAAACGUUGUGACACUGAAAGAAACUUCAUCGGAAACUAAAAACCUUGCUUAAAGCACACAGGCUGUUUAAGAAAACGCUUGCGAAUUGAACAGAAAGUAUCAUCGUGGCAUUGUGCAGAACAAAUUACAUGUAGAUCCAAGAAAUUCCUGUAAUCAGGGUGAAGAUUUUAUUAACAGUUUUGUCUGUUCGAACACAACUUUUUUUAUUUGUACAGAUGUUCUUUUUUUGUGACUUUUUGAGCAAGUUUUUUUUAUCAUUAAAAUCUGUAAGUGUGUGGUAAAAAUGUUCUUCAGUUUGUUAAAAUGUGAACUUCCUCUAGUGAAAUAAACGAGCGGAAUCACAGUAACAGGCUCAGAAAUUA